CGUUAGUACAACAACCCAUACUUACCUAAAUCUACGAUUUUUCCUCAUUUGUACAAGUAUACAUGUUAGCGUUGUUCAAAAACGCAUCCCUUUUGAAUGUAUCUAGGCACAAUAAGGAAACGCAUAUACCACUUCGGGCAUAGAGACUUGAAAAUUGUGGUCGCUACUGUUCAAUGAUGGCUAAGAAUAACCAUGCAAUAGUUCUAACAGAAAACCAACAAAUGGUACUUAACGGAUUUUUGAGGCGAGCCGGCGUUGGUAAUUUUUCUAUAUCAUUAUCAUCGGGAGCAGAAGAUGGUGAAAAUUUUGGUGGAAUUAUAAUAGAAGCCGAUGUAGUGUGGACCAACGGAAAUAAGGAAUCGACUUCCCAUUACAUUCUAAAGUGUGCCCCGUCAAGUGAAAUUCUUCAAAGGCUGUUACCUGUGCAGUCUUCCUUACUGAUUGAGAUAUACGUGUACUCAAAAAUUUUGCAAGAGUUUAAUAUAAUUCAAGGAGAGUAUAACAUUGAAACACCAUUCGAUUGCUUCCCAGUUUAUUACGCGUCUUUGGCAGCAGCACACGACAAAAUGAUAGUAUUACAAAACGUAAAGGCACUGAAUUAUAGGCAUUGCGAUCGAGCUCAACCUCUGGAUUACCCGCAUAUACUAUUCGUAGUGAAGGAAUACGCACGAUUGCAUGCCCUCUCCUACGUGAUAAAGCACUACAAGCCAGCCCUUUUUGAAGAAUUUGAAAGAAAUACUGUACACCACUCUUCCUAUGACUGUGACAGCUACGAAGGCAUCGCCAUGUGUAGGCAACAUCGAUUGGGUCACGCUUUGAAGGCACUGAAGUCGAUUGAUGAUACUGCUCUGUUUGAGAAAUUCUCCUAUUUUGUCCAAAACGUAAUGUCUAUUACUACAAAGCUGCUCAAUUCCAAAAAGGAGCACCGAGUAAUUAGUCACAUCGACUGCGGUAUUCCAAAUUUGUUGUUUAAGUAUGAUCCUACCUCUGGUGAUCUUUUGAGUACCUGCAUGGUCGACUGGCAACACUCUCGUUUGGAGUCCCCAGCAGUAGAUUUGGUUACGUUCAUACUUUCCGCCGCUAGCAAAGCUACUCGAGAACGCUACGAUGAGUUAAUAAUGGAGUACCACAAGACAUUCUGUUCAUUUAUGAGGGAAUUCGGUUGUGACGGAGAAAAGAUGCUUCCAUUUGAUAUUUUACAAAGAGAAUUAAAGACUUACGGUCUAUUGGGACUCACAAUGGCAAUCAUGUUAAUUUACCUUUAUUCAACGAUUGACCAAAAGGUUCCCGAUGUACUCCGAACCGAGUCCUCUAAGGAGGAAUUUGGAUUUUUAUACAAUUUACAAAACCGGGAGAAAUUUGACACGAGGGUUAGGGAAGCAAUUUGCGACUUUGGUCGUUUCGGGUACAAUUUUGAGUUAGAGGCCAGUCUCGAUCUUAUGUUCAAGUAUAUAAAUAAGUUUCGCAAAGAAAACAUGUCGAGAUCGAACGACUCCGUGGUUUUAACGGUAAAGCAAAUGGAAGUCCUUAAAACAAUGCUUUAUAGUAUUGGUAUUAAAGACUAUUCAUUGGCGCUGUCACCAGCUGUGGAAGAAGGGGAAAAUUGCGCCGGUGCUGUAACCAAAGCCGUAGUAAAAUGGACUGGUAAAAACGGCGAUUCUUGCACUUCACACUAUAUACUCAAGUGUAUCACCUCAGGAAGUGCCUUGGAAAAUCUGAUUCCCUUACAAGAUUGUUUUACAAGAGAAAUUUAUUUAUAUUCCAAGGUAUUUCCACAGUUCACGAAAAUGGAAGCUGAACACAACGUUAGGUUCAACAUUUAUCCUGAGUUCUACACCUCACUGGAAACAACGGAGGAGAAAAUGUUGGCAUUACAAGAUAUGAAAGCUUUAGGAUUCCGCCACCAUAACCGCCACCAGACUUUGGACUACGAGCACAUACUGUUAGCGGUUAAGAAUUAUGCUCGAUUGCAUUCUCUGUCAUAUGCAACUCGCCAUCAACAGCCAACCCUGUAUGAAGAAUUCGAGAAGAACACCCCCGACCGAUUUUUUGUUGGGUUUAAGUACACAGGGGUUCGCUCAGUUUCUGAACAUCGGAUUCUUAACGCACUAAAAGCAUUGGAUCCAGUUGUUGAUCGAGAAAUAUACAAUGUAUUUUGUGACCUCAAGGAAAACAUGGUGUCAGUAUUAACGAAUUUGAUCAAUUCGAAAAAUCAGUACCAAGUGAUCAGUCACAUCGAUUGUGGACUUAUGAACUUAUUGUUUAAAUAUGACCUGAGUACUAACACGCCAACUGACGUCUGUAUGAUAGAUUGGCAACAUGGGCGUUCGGAGUCACCGGCUGUCGACUUGAUUACUUUCAUCUUUUCAUCAUCGGAUAGUAAAACUAGGGAACGUUAUCAUGAAUUAAUCAUGGAAUAUCACAGGUGCUUAUGUGUAUCUUUAGAAAAACUGGGGUGCGAUGGUAACAAAAUUUUGCCGUUCAGUAUUUUGGAAAAUGAGCUAAAAGUGUACGGAAUAGUUGGUUUUUGCUUUGCUAUUUUUUUAAUUUACGUUUAUUCUACUGUUGACCAAAGACGACCUGACGCGCUUAACGAUGAUUCUCAUGCGGAAGGAUACUCGUUCGUAUAUGACCUGCAAGAGGGGUCCGAGUUUGAUAGGAGGGUUAAGGAAGCUAUAAUUGACUUUUGGAGGUUGGGAUACAAUUUUAAAUAAAGUUAUUGAUCUUC